UACUUUUGGAUCAACUGAAAAUAAUAAUAUUUUUUCACCGUAGGAAUAUCUACUAAUGUCAUCAUCAUCAUCAUCUGAUGAUGUCGACGAAAGAUUGGAUGAUAUUAUCGACGAAAUCGUCGAAGAUACAUACAAUGAUAUUGUGGAGCCCCAACCAAAUAAUCGACGGAGACGUGCUUAUGUAGAACGAUAUCGUGAAGGAGGCCAUAACCGUUUAUGGAAUGACUACUUCAGCGUAGACGCGACAUACUCGGCACAGUUCAGACGGCGUUUUCGCAUGAAUAAGGAUUUAUUCACGCGUAUUGUCUAUGAACUCUCAGAGAACAUUCCGUUCUUUCAACAUAGACAAGAUGCAACCGGGAGGUUUGGUCAUACACCGCUUCAAAAAUGUACGGCAGCAAUUCGUCAGCUUGCUUAUGGUUCUGCAGCUGAUGCGGUUGACGAGUAUCUCCGAAUUGGUGAGAGCACUGCACUUUUGUGUUUACAUAAGUUCACUGAUGGAAUCAUCCGGUUGUUUGGACAAGAGUAUCUACGAAGACCCACACCGGCGGAUCUUCAAAGACUUCUCGAUAUUGGAGAGACACGUGGGUUUCCUGGGAUGGUCGGGAGCAUUGACUGUAUGCAUUGGGAGUGGAAAAAUUGCCCAACCGCUUGGAAAGGACAAUACACACGUGGAUCAGGAAAACCGACAAUUGUAUUAGAGGCUGUAGCUUCACAAGAUCUUUGGAUAUGGCACGCCUUUUUCGGUCCUCCAGGUACCUUAAACGAUCUCAAUGUCCUCGAUCGGUCUCCUGUUUUUGAUGACAUUUUAGAAGGUCGUGCCCCUAGGGUAAAGUACGUGGUCAACGGGCAUCGAUAUAAAUUGGCGUACUACCUCACAGACGGGAUAUAUCCAAAAUGGUCAACAUUUAUCCAAUCUAUUACACUCCCCCAAACUCCUAAACAAGAAUUAUUUGCUAAAGUUCAAGAAGCAACCCGUAAAGAUGUGGAGCGGGCUUUUGGAGUUCUACAAGCCCGGUUUGCGAUUGUGAAAAACCCGGCUCUUUCAAUGAACAAGGCAAAGAUAGGGAAGAUUAUGAGAGCAUGUAUCAUACUACACAACAUGAUAGUCGAAAAUGAACGAGAUGGAUACAUUCGUUAUGAUAUUUCAGAAUUUGCAGAAGGAAACGUCACCAGAAGUUCAGAGGUCGAAACCGAGAGGCCUACAAAUCUGAAUAAUAUGUUUCCCAAUCGGAAUGAUCUUCGUGAUAGGCAAAUACAUGAACGAUUGAAGAAUGAUUUAAUCGAAAAUAUUUGGAACAAAUUUGGUGAAGAAGAUUAAUAAUUAGCUCUUUUAAGUUUUGUCAUAGUAUCUUUUUUUAAAAAAAUUCAAUGUAUUGUAAUAUUUUUACUUCUAAUAAUUUAAAAUAAUUUUUCAUUUUUUUAAUUUUUUUUUUCUCUAAGGACUCCUAAUCGGAUAUCACCAUUGCACCCACCUUCUUAACAUAAAUCCUUAACUAUUUAAAAAAAAAAAAAUUAAUAAUAAAAAAAUGGUAAGGACUCCCCUUGGGGGAUGACCAUUGCAUAUGCUCUAAGGAUCAAUCCUUGUACUAUGUUACUCAAAUAAUAGUUUUUUAAUCUGAUAAACAUUAGAUGUGGAGCUAAGGAUCCUUAAUGGAUUCCCAUUGUAGAUGGUCUUAUGGCAUGUGCCAUGUAUGUAUUAUGUUGGUUUUCAAUAACACAAAUUGUUAUGUACGGCGUACUACUGUUUCAUAAAGAUAAUAAGACGAGAUUUGCACAUAUCGCUAGGGGCAUCAUGCUUCUUUCUUUCAUGUCAACAUGUUCCUUUCCAUCUCUUUUCCAUUCUAAACAUUGAUCCAAGGAUCUCAGAGCAAGAUUCAGCAGCCGUUUCGCUACACCAAAUCCAGGACAACCUUGUCGUCUGAUUUUUUAAUUGAAAUAAACUUUUGGCUCAUACCAUUUUUAAACCUUUCUGGUUUGAAUUUUAUAGCUCUUCCAAUAUAUAUGGACUUCGAAUGGGUGACGCAGAUCAAACAAAAAUGCAGAUUAUGCAGAUCAAAUGCAGAUCAUGCAGAUCAAAUGCAGAUCAAUCUAAUUUAAUAAAUUAUUGUAAUUAAAUACAUAUUGAUUUCUUAAAUAAAAAUUAAAUAUCUAAACAAAAUACAACUUAUUAUAAAUAAGUAAUAAAUAUAAUGUUGAAAAAUAAUAAUAAAUAUCAUUAUUCUAAUAAACAUAGCGAAAUUGUAAAGAUUUUUUUCGUUUGAAAGUGAAUAUCAUCAAUUAUUAAAUUAUACUAUUUAUCAAUAAUUGAUAGAAAAAAUAAUUAAAUUCAUCCAUUGUAUUAUUAUAAGUAUUAUUGUUACUAUUUAUUAUUAUAAGUAUUGUUUUCACUAUUUAUUAUUUGAUGAUUCAGUGGUGAUGAUGUAUCUAAUUGAAUUUAUUUCGUUACAAAUAGUAUCAAAAAUAAUGUAUUUGCAGAAAUAACUAUAUCAUUUUAAUAGGAGAUUAAUUCUCUGAAUAUUCUGAAUGUCAACACCACAUAAUUUUUUUUUAAAUUCAUAUGAAGAUCCAUAGAGAACUUAUCUGUUGGUUUUUCUUUUAUAAACAAUUAAUAGAAAAAAUAAAAAUAAAAUUCACAUGGAUGUUCAUUGGUCAUCAGCAUUCUCCCGGCUGAUUUUCCUCAUGUCCAUGCAGAUCAAAAUUUAACACAAAAUUUAGUUCUGCAUGCAGAUUUUAUUAUUUUAUUAUUUAAUUUUUGUUCUGUAAUAAAUAAACUGAAUGGAGAAUAAAUACAGAUCAAUCUGCAUAAUGACUUAACUGCAUUUAUUUUGCAUUUUGUUCUGCACUGCAUUCAUAGCCAUGGUUUCUGUGCAUGGCCUAUACAUUCACUAAUAUCAUUGUACCACAUGGAAAAUCAUGUCCUCCAACCAUGCAAGCUUCAGAUGCCAAAUGGAGGAUUGGUCAAAUCGAUUAGUUAAUAAUCACUUACGAUUAUGUUUUUCUUGACAUUUGUGUAACGAUCAGGGCCUAUACAAGGGAAAAUAUCGGUCUGUCACCCCCAUUUUUUCAUAAAAAAAUUUACAUAAAAAAUGUCAUUUAUAUCAAAACUUUUUAAUUUUGAUUUAAAAAUCAUGAACUUUUUCAUGAACCCUUUAACUCAUCAACGUAUCUUGACUAACCGUUGUAACCUAUGACAUCUUGAGUUAAUGAGGUUAAUCUAUGUCUCUAGUUUCUGUUAAAUUCACACAACAUUGUUUUGACAUUUUAAAAAAAUUGUUUAAAGGAAUCGAACCGAUGACCAAAGCUAUACUUGUUGCAAAACUAAACCACAAAACCACUUACAGUUCUGUUAAUUUGUAUAAUCCUUAAUAGUUAUUAUUAUCAAAUCUCCAAAUCGUCUUCUCCCAACCUAAAUCCCUAACUUAAAUCUGAAUAUAUAAUCUCCAAAUCGUUUAUGAAUCUAAAAACUUUCAAAUCGUGCCAUGGGGGCGCGAGUUGCCCAUGUUUUGGUAAGAGCAAAAUGUAGUCGGAUGGGCCUUUGCAUCGUUCAGUCCACAAAGAGCAUCCACAUUCUGCUUCAAUCUAGAAAAAAUAAUCAGACUUGCUAUUUUUUCAAAACCAAAGUCUUGUUGUUAUUGUUUUUAUCGAAAAUGGAAAAAAUAGUAAAAGUAUAUCCUGUUCUUGUCCGCGUGUAUGAAAUAACUUUCAAUUAGGGAUUUAGGUUGCAAAAAAAUUAUUUGGAGGUUUGAUAAUAAUAACUACUAGAUUUUGACCCGCGCUUUCAAAGCGCGGGAUUAUUUUCGUAAAUUAUUUUUUGCUUUUCCAUUUAUUUACCCGCUUGUUUGUUUUGAGUUAUAUAUUUAUACUUGGUGUAUUAAUUUUAGGUUCGCUUCUAUUUUUAUCUUUUGAGUUUUCAGUUUGAUUUCGGUUUAUAGUUGUUCGGUUCGAGUGAUAAUUUUUUUUUGAUUAUUUAUGAAUUUGGGCUUGAAUUCGGUUUGGUUAGUUUUGGAUAUUUGUAUACCGAUUCAGUUCUCUAUUUUUUUUUGGCGACAUCCAUCUUCUAAGAUCAAGUGGUAGGCGGGUCUGAGUCGUUUCAAAGAGAUGCUCUGUCCGGCUGGAUCGGAUCUAUAUGGGGAAAAAAAGAGUACCCCUAAGUUCUCUAUUUAUAUGUCGAGGUUUAAAUUUGUUUCUAAAAUAUGUCUUGCAUUUGAUAAAUAACUGAUUUUUAAUAAUUGUUAAGGAUAAAUGUAUAAAUGAAAUAUUAAUUUGUCUAUAAUAAAAUCUAACUAAGUUAAAAUUUUGCUACUUGUAUUUUUCUGUUGGAAGAAAAUGAAAUGCAAUUUAAAAUAAUUGUUGAUAAUUAUACAAAACUUACACUUUAUUACGUAUAAUUUUAAUAAACAAAAGAUGAUUGUAUUUAUUUUAAAACAAUACUUUUGCAAUUUGAAAAUGCUCUUAAUUAAAUUUAUUAUAAGGGAAAAACAUUCUAGAUAUAUUGACCAUUCUGAUAAUUAUUUUAAAAUUGUUUAAAAACUCCUUGGGCCUGAUUAAUACAAAACAAAGAAGUUCCAUUUUUAUGUUUAAAAAUUAAUCGAAUACAACUGGGUUUUACAAACUGAAACUCAAAAUGAGGAUAAUAAAAUGUUAGUGUAAGUUGGGUUUAUAACUUAUGUUGAUAUUUUUCAAUAUCACUCAGGCCCAUGGUUCAUCACUACCAACCGACAGAACAACAACCUGUCUUUUUGCCUUUCCAGAAAAAGCUUCCUCAGAAAAAUGAGUUCGUCCCUCUCUCAAAAUGCUUUGAUAACAUGAUGAAACAUGAUCCAUCAACACAGAUGGUUGAAGAUAAGGUUUGCAUGUCGAAUCCAAUGAAUGAUCUGAUUAGUCGGUUAAUUCUGUUUGUCUCGUAUAUGUCUGAAGAAGAUCUGAAAAAGUAUCCCUCAAGAAAAAACGAAGAACCGGAGUUAAAGGAUCAAGAAACAUCAAUCACUUCAGGCUGUGCAGUGACAUUUGUAUAGGCAAAGCUUUAUUCAUGUGACUCUAACCAAUAUCACAAAACAACAAACCUGAGAAAAGAUAAGUUUUCAUACAAUGGCAUAAAAAUUUCAACGCUUACAAUAACUAUAAUAGUGUUUCAAAAAAAAACAAUAACUAUAAUAUAUUUAAUAUUUGUAAAAUCCAAAUUUAACUAAUGUUUUUUUGUAAUUUUACAGUCAAAGUCUACACGUUGUAUGAUUGAUGAUGAAAGUUAUGAGGCUAAGUCCAACCAAGUCCAACCAAAUCCAUACCUAUACACAGAAAAAAAAAUCAAGAUGUAACUGAAACAAUAUAAUUGAGUAGACUAUGCAUUUUUCAGUUUACCUUCUUGUCAACGAAAACGUUUCACCAAAUUUCUAGUUUAUUUGCUCCCAGGUGUGGAUUACUUUCAAUUGGAUGUACCAAUCAGUUCUGUUAGGUUUCAGUUUUGAAAGGAACGGAAUUUUCUUUGUUCUUUGCGUUUCUUUGCGGUUUCGAAAAGAAAAAAGAAAAUUUGUGUGUGGCGAUGAUUGUUUGACAACGGUAGUUAUAUAUAGCCUACAAUAGAUAGGUUUUGAAAGAAUAUUCUGAUUAUUUUUAGGGAUGCUAUUUCAGUUGAAUGAUAAUAAGGUAUAUUAUGUUAAUAAGCUAAGUAAAUAUCGUUAUUUGACAGUAAAUUUGUUAGGAUGGCGGAUAUUUCGGUAGGAGGUUUAAGGGAUUGUUAAUAAUUGGUAUUUGAUGAAUAAAGAAUAUUACUUGGCAUAUACUUCGUUAUUGAUUAACAAAAUAUUUUUGAAACAGAAUAUAUUUUAUUAGAGUUUAACUAUAUUUCAGAUUGGUGGUUUUAUAUUUUAAGUUUGAAAUUGGAAUAUUUUGCGUGUGAGUUUUUUUUUUUGCAAGUAAGAAUCGCGUAUAAUUAGAUAACGUUUUUUUUUUUUGCAAGUAAGAAAACAUGAAGCAACUUCCGAAAAUUUAGUUUAUUUGCUUAAAUUUUAGCUUUUUUAUUUAAUGGUAUAGAUAUUUAUGGUUAUUGAUUUGAAAAAAGAUUGGUAUUUAUGAUCUAGUAUAGUGGAUAUGGUUAUGUAUGGAACUUUCGAAAAUCUAGUUUAUUUGCUAAAUUUUUAGCUUUUGAUUUAGUGGUUUGUAUUUUUGGUUAUUGAUUUGAAAAAGCUUUAUAAAUCCAAUAGUAUGGUCGACUAUAUUGCAGAGUGGUUUACGGUUUAGGAUUCUAAUUAUGUGUAUUUAUUAUAUAAAAUUUUAUUGUUUUGAUUAGUUUAUUUGCUUAAAUUUACGUUUUUAUUUAAUGGUAUAGAUAUUAUGGUGAUUGAUUUGAAAAAAGAUUGGUAUCAUGACAUUGCUUAUUUUAAUAAAUUAAAAUAUAAAAAAGUAUUUGGGGUUUAUGGGUUUGUUUGUAUCUCAUACUAUACAUAUAAAAAUGCUAGCUUAAAAAUAUAUAAUACGACCAUUUUUUAUAGAUUUUGAAUAAUGCAACAUUUAUGUUUUUUGUGCAAUUGUUUGUAACCAAAACAUUGAUUGGACGUGAUAAAUGGUCGAUGAUACA